CCAACUCCCAGAGGGAUUUGCUGCUGCCAUAAACAACCUAAAUAUCGGCAUGGUGAUAACAAGAAUGAUCAACUGCCAAUGUUUUCUGCACAGUCCGAAGAGGUAGAACUGGGAGUAGAAAGAUCGUCACCAAACCAAAUGAUUCAACUUUGCCUAGCGUUAGAAAGAGCAGGAAAGGGCGCACAUGGACCUGAUAAGGAAGUCUAUAUUCAACUGGCCAAAACUUUCUUCCUAAUUGAAGAUGAGUACAAGAGGGAAUUGGACAAUGAGGUCAUCAAGGAGUUUGCUCUGAGUAUCACCAAACAACACUACCAGAAUCUUGCAAAAGCCAAGAGAAUUUCAGCGGACUCCAUUGCCAAAAGAAAUGCUGAAGACCUCAAAGCGGUGUUCAAAACAGACGUUAUGCUUGAGGAAUGGGUACAGGAGCAAAAAUGCAGUAAUUAUGAAGUCAGGUGCAGACUGAGGCAAGCAGCAGAACGAUGCAAUCGUCAGGACAUUGCAGAUAUUUUCAUAACUAAAGAACAGAGUGAAUUCAUGGCACCUGUUACAUCACAGCAAACCUCCGUGACAAUGACAAAUGAACAACGCCAUGGUGAUAGUAAAACAAAACGUGAUAAAUCUGGGAAUGACACCCCUCGGGCUGAGCAAUCUGCAAACAACGAAAACCUAGAGAGAGGGACGAAGGGAAUGCAAUCCGAUAUUCAACAAAAAGAACCACGUAUGCUUGGAAGAACACCAGCUGAGAAAUAUGCUACAGGAAUAUCCAGAGAGGAACUAUAUGACAUCAUUUGUUAUGGGGGACGAGCAGCUCUUGAGAAAUAUUGGCGCGAUUGGUUCCCACAUGAUAAUCAUAAGGAUCUGCGUGCGGCACUUUCCGACCACGAACUCAUCUGUAUGCUGAAACCAUUCAUAGACAGUCAACAUUACCAAGUCGAUAGAAAACUAAGUGAUAAUAACCCUAUUACGUUAAUGAAACACCUUCUACAGGAUGAACAAACCCCAAGGCAGAUUCUAAGACAGCAUCUGCAAAAUGAAGCACCGCAAUAUGCGUGUCUUCUUGCAAAAGGGAAAGAAUACAACAUAUACGAUGUAGAACUCGUUGAAUUAGCCUAUCGCCUCGUCCUAUCAGACGUUUAUCCAUUUGCCAAAGCACUCGACAUCAGUGACGAAGAGCUAACUCGCUACAAACAUAAACUUGGACCUAAAAUAAUACAACAUGGUACAGGGAAAUUGCUAUUCGAGAUGAAAUCUACAGGCAAAGGCUAUGAAGAGAGACUGGGAAUGGUGCAUGAUUUGAAAGUAGCUGGAUAUCUGGAAGAGGCAAAGUCGAUAGUGUUUGGAUUUGAAAUCGGCCUGGCGGAUGAAGCAGAAAUAGAAGAGAAGCGAAUCAAUCCAGCGGAAUUAGCAAAGGAACUCGGUGUUUCUGAUGAUUCCAAGCCGGUGGGUCCUGAUGAACGAGAAGAGAGCUGUCAAUCUGUACUUCAAAGAUGGAGAAACAUUGUCAGUCCUUCAUCAUUCAAUCAUCGCAUGGUUUUGGCUGAUGCUCUGCACAAUCUGGGCGAGAAGGAGCUUGCACUCGGUAUUAUCUCAGGAAAGUUUCGGAACAACGUCAUAAACAGUAGAGUAUCAGAAAUGCUAGGAAAAACCAUUCCACCGGAUAAAGUGGAUAAACUGACUAGAGUCCUUGGCAAGGAGUUGAAGAAAGAUCUAAACCCUUAUGAUAUUAUAACCGCCUGGGUGACUGAAAAGAAGUUUUUCGGGUUUCGUGAAAAAAGUCCAAUAUUAUUGAGCAACGAACUUCUCAAAGCAGGAUUCUAUCCAUUUGCUCAUGAGAUAAUGGCAGGUGGAUGGAAAGGAAAGGAGGCGAUCAAAGAAACUCCAGGAGACGAGGCUGGAGAUAAGAAGAAUGAAGGUAGCAUGGGUCGUGAUGUUACACAGGCAGAUCCAGGAGGAAAUAAGACGAACGAGGAUGCGAAUAAUUCACAACCGGUAGGGAUCAUACCAACAAGCGAGAAGGGUGAAAACAGCGCAAACGUGACUGGUGAAAAAGUUACAAACAACAGGAAAGAAGAUGUAAGUUCUUCAAAUCAGGAAACAAGCUCCAAAGAUGAUAAACCAAAUGGACAGGAUGACGGAAGCAUUGGCGACGGCGAUAUAAAGAAGAAAACAGAGGAUAAUAUGAGUGAUAACAAUUCAGAACAACUUUCUAAAAGCUCGGAACAAUAUGAUGCUUGGGGUGAACGUCGUACUAGCCAUGCUAGCAGUGGGGAUGAAUAUACGAUGCUAAGAGGUACAUUUCGUGUUUAA